AUGGACGAUCAACCACUUGAAGAAGACCGUCUAUCACAAACUAAUGAACAAAAGGAUAACAAUUCUGCUGUUUCAAAUGCAGAACAAGAUAAGGGAUCAUUGUAUGAGAGAGGAAAACAGUUUUUAACAAUUAAGGAAUCAAAGCUUAGCAAAGAGAGAGAAAGAAAAGUGAAUCAAGGAUCAUCAGAAUGUACUUUCCAACCAAAUAUAUCAAAGAAGAGUAAAAACAUGACUCGGGAAGAGAGUUUGUACGAAUAUAACAACAAGUGGAAAUCUAAAGUUGAUCAUAACAUUGAGGAACUAAGAGCAAAGCAAUUGAAAAGAGAAGAAGAACAAAUCCAUGCAAAACCAUCACCAUUAUCUGUUGUUUCACAAUUUAUAAUUCAAAAGAAACAGGAACAGAAGGAAUAUUCAGGUCCUAUUACUGGUUGGGAGAAGAGAUUUGAUGAAUAUCGUCAUAAGAAUCAAAUGUAUUAUGAUGAAGAGUACAACUUUUCUCCAAGAAUUAAUGAGAAAUCAACAUUGUUGGCCAACAAAAAUAGAUCCGAUGCAGAAUCAAAUCCUUUUGAAAGACUUUAUGGAGAUUCAAAAAAGAAAAAGGAUGAGGAAUCCUCAAGUCCAAAAGACAAGAAAAAGUCGUCUGAAUACGACGAUGAAAGAAGGAGAGCUGAGGCAGAGUUUUAUAAGAAGGCACUUGAAAGACAUUUAGAGGCAGAAAAGAAGAAAGCAAAAAUGAAAGAAGAUCAAGAAGAUCAAUACUCUUUUAAACCUGCUAUUAACAAACAUUCAAAGGAUAUAGCCAAACAUUUGGAAAGACCACCACUUUAUUCACCAAAGAAAGGUUCUUCACCAUCUCAAACUAUUUCCCUUGAGAAUACCGUUACUACAAAUACAAGUACUAAUUCUAAUACUACUAAGCCAGAUAGUCCUUCUCCAAACAAAAAGAAGUUCGAAGUUGAUAACUUUAUUCAAAGAAGACUUACUAAGGAGAAACAAAGACAAGAUAAGAUUAAUCAACUUAAACACGAUAUAAUAGAAGAGGAAAUGAAAGAAUGUACAUUUAAGCCUUCGAUCAAUCAAAAGUCUGUGGAGCUUGCACACUUGUGGAUUGAAUCAUUUGAUAAUGAUUUGGAAGAAUUAUAUGAAUUUGACCCAAGAUACAAUCAAUCUUCUCCUAAACCAUUCUUGAAAAAGAAUUCAUCACCUGGUUUGUCAUCUUCCAAGAAGGAAAAAACAAAAGGAAGUCCAAUUAGACAGAGCUUGAAAUCAAGUUCUUCCAAUAUUAUUGAGUCAAUCAUAGAUGAUGCUAUGAAGAGUAUUGAAAUGGAAAGAUCCCUGAAAUCAACACCAAAGAGCUCAGUCGAGAUGUCAAAAGAACCUACACUAAAAGAAAUUGUAACACCAAGAAUCUCAGAAUCAAACAGAAAGAGAUACUCUCUAUCUGAUGAUGAAGAUGAUGACUUUGUAUCAAUAGAAAAUGAAAUGAAAUCGGCCAUCCAAGAAUUUGAAGAAGAAUGGAGUAAAUAUGAAGGCUUGUAA